AUGCCGUCGGCGCCGGGGCUGGGGUUGUUCUGGAUCCUAGCGGCCGUCAUGUCCGUGCUCUCCACGCUGCUCAUCUUCCAGAUUGGGUCCGGCCGGGCCGAGCUGACGGGGGCAUCCCGUCCGCCCGGCGGCCUCUCCCCCAGGGCCAGCGGGUUGUUGGUCCCCGUGGCGGCUAUCUGCCUGGUGCUCAACGUCAGCUGUCUGCUCCUCACCCUCCUGCGCGUCUCCUGCAGCGCCGAGCCGAGCAGGACAUGGACAGGCACAGAGAAGGCUGACUGGUUCUCCUUCGACAGCCACCUCUUCCGGCAUAUCACCAUUGGCUUCCUCUGCUGUGGGGUCUCGGUGUAUUUGGCAGCUCUGUCCAUCUACAUGCUGCUGCUCUUCGAGAUUGAAACUGGCAUCAUUGGUGCCUGCAUCCCGUCUUCUGGCAUCGUCGUCCUGCUCAUUACCGUGACCUACACCCUCGUCAGGGCUUCCCACGCUGCCCGGGGCAGUCGGCUGGAGCCGGCCCACACCCUCUUCGAGAAUGGCUCGGCCCAGCGGGGGGACGUCCCCGCCGGGGGCCUCAACGAGAGCCGGCCGGAGAUCCACCGUCAGUUCUCCUACCCGCCCUUCCUAGAGCCCCAGCUCCGCCUGACCUCACUGGCCGCCAGCGACCCUGCCCCCACAGAAGGUGCUGUUCCCACGACGCCCCGGGUCCCCGUCGGCCCCGAGCUGCUGCGGACACCGUCCGCUGAGCUGGGCCCGUUGCAGGCGCAGACCAAGUCCUGGCGUGGGGUCACCCGGGAGAUGAGGGAUGUGCUGAGCAGGAAGGCAGACAGCCCCGGGAAAGGCUCCACAUUAGCGUGAGACAAAUCA